CAAAGAGAGUCUGCUCCAGAACCUAUAGAUAUCGGCGCUCCCUCGCGACCGCGACCUCGACCUCGACAUUGGCGCCGAAGACAACUUUAUCCGUAUCGGGGGCGAUGGCAAGGAGUUGGUUGCCGGUACUUCUUGUCGCUUGCAAUUCUGUAG